ACAGUGUAAGCCGGCGGCACCGCGACUCGGCUCCUGUGGUCCGUUUUCUCAGGCUGCCUGUUCAGGUAAAGGGCUCCGGGUGGGCUCUGAGGGGCCGAAGAGGGACCCUCGCUGGGAAGGCGGGCGCGGAAGGGGUCGCCGGCCUCGCUGCUGGCUUUCACGGAUCUGGGGUGAGUGCUGUUUAGACUGCCUUUUUGUACUGAAUUCACUCGGAUCCCGUCAAUAUCAGGACGGCAUUGGUUUACACUUCUUAGUCACUUCGGGCCUCUGGCAGGUGUAUAAAUUGGAGUUAAUUCGCUGAAGGGUUUAGUCUGGGGCGCCGGCGUCUCCCCAUUCCCACUGGGUCGGGGAGACUCGGGGGUGCGUCUUGCGGUUGCCCCCGCUGGGCAGACCCUGCGCGCUCUGGGGCGCGGAUCGAGGGGGAGGGCACGGCCGCUGAGAGGAGCCUUCCGGAGGACCCGUGUUCCGGCUGCAGCCCAGAAGUUUGAAAGCUGAUUUCAGUUUAACUUUGAAGUCGUCGCCUUCCUCCCCGCCGGCCCGAGAAGCGCCCGCCGCGUUUCCCCGGCUCUUCUCGGGUCGAGCCUCCGAGCCUCGCAGGACGGUCUUCGCGGGAAGGAUUUUUUAGACUGAGGAGCAAUUGGAGCUAAUCCACAUCAUGGAAAUGGAAACCACCGAACCUGAGCCAGACUGUGUAGUGCAGCCUCCCUCUCCUCCUGAUGACUUUUCAUGCCAGAUGAGACUCUCUGAGAAGAUCACUCCAUUGAAGACUUGUUUUAAGAAAAAGGAUCAGAAGAGAUUGGGAGCUGGAACCCUGAGGUCUUUGAGACCAAUAUUAAAUACUUUGUUAGAAUCUGGCUCACUUGAUGGGGUUUUUAGACCUAGAAAUCAGAGUGCAGAAGAGAGCAGCUUACAUGAAUCUAUGGUGAAAAAACCUUUGGAAAUCAAUCCAUCGUGUCCACCAGCAGAAGACAGUAUGUCUGUCCUGAUUCCUGAUGGAACAAAUGUCGGGGGCCAGAUACCAGAAGCCCAUCCUACCACUGAUGAUCCUGAACAAGUGGUUCCAAUCCAGGAUCAUAGCUUUCCACCAGAAACCAUCAGUGGGACAGUGGCAGAUUCUACAGCAGGACACUUCCAGGCUGACCUUUUGCACCCAGUUUCAAGUGAUGUUCCUGCUAGUCCUGACUGCAUAGACAAAGUCACGGAUUACGUUCCAGGGGUUUUCCAAGACAACAGUUUUACAAUCCAGUACAUUUUGGAUACCAGUGAUAAGUUGAAUACUGAGCUCUUUCAGGACAAAAGUGAAGAGGCCUCCCUUGACCUUGUGUUUGAGCUGGUGAACCAGCUACAGUACCACACUCACCAAGAGAACGGAAUUGAAAUUUGCAUGGACUUUUUGCAAGGCACUUGUAUUUAUGGCAGGGAUUGUUUGAAGCACCACACGGUCUUGCCGUAUCAUUGGCAGAUCAAGAGGACAACUACUCAGAAGUGGCAGAGUGUAUCCAAUGAUUCCCAGGAGCACUUGGAAAGAUUUUACUGUAACCCAGAGAAUGAUAGAAUGAGAAUGAAGUAUGGAGGACAAGAAUUUUGGGCAGACUUGAACGCCAUGAAUGUGUAUGAAACAACUGAAUUUGACCAACUACGAAGGCUGUCCACACCACCCUCUAGCAAUGUCAACUCUAUUUACCACACAGUCUGGAAGUUCUUCUGUAGGGACCACUUUGGAUGGAGAGAGUAUCCUGAGUCUGUUAUUCGAUUGAUUGAAGAAGCCAACUCUCGGGGUUUGAAAGAGGUCCGAUUUAUGAUGUGGAACAACCACUACAUUCUUCACAACUCAUUCUUCAGGAGAGAAAUAAAAAGGAGACCCCUCUUCCGUUCCUGUUUUAUACUGCUUCCAUAUUUACAGACACUUGGUGGUGUUCCCACACAGGCACCUCCGCCUCUUGAAGCAACCUCAUCAUCACAAAUCAUCUGCCCAGAUGGGGUCACCUCAGCAAACUUUUACCCUGAAACUUGGGUGUAUAUGCAUCCAUCUCAGGACUUCAUCCAAGUGCCUGUUUCUGCAGAGGACAAAAGUUAUCGAAUCAUUUAUAAUCUUUUUCACAAGACUGUGCCUGAGUUUAAAUAUAGAAUUUUGCAAAUACUGAGAGUCCAAAACCAGUUUCUUUGGGAGAAAUAUAAAAGGAAAAAGGAGUAUAUGAACAGGAAAAUGUUUGGCCGUGACAGAAUAAUAAAUGAGAGACAUUUAUUUCAUGGAACAUCCCAGGAUGUGGUAGAUGGAAUCUGCAAGCACAACUUUGACCCUCGAGUCUGUGGCAAGCAUGCUACAAUGUUUGGACAAGGCAGUUAUUUUGCAAAGAAGGCAAGCUACUCGCAUAACUUUUCUAAGAAGUCCUCCAAAGGAGUCCAUUUCAUGUUUCUGGCUAAAGUGCUAACUGGCAGAUACACGAUGGGCAGCCAUGGCAUGAGAAGGCCCCCUCCCGUGAAUCCCGGAAGUGUCACCAGUGACCUGUAUGACUCUUGUGUGGAUAAUUUCUUUGAGCCUCAGAUUUUUGUCAUCUUCAAUGAUGACCAGAGUUACCCUUAUUUUGUUAUCCAGUAUGAAGAAGUCAGUAACACUGUUUCCAUUUGAAAAAUCUUGGUACUGAUAAAUUAUUUGUAUAAACUCAAUCCAGCAUUUGUAGCAGGUUUUGGAUGGGUGGGCCAGAGUGGGGAACAGCAUUGACAUUAAUAGGGCACUUUUAAGACCCAUUUUUUUUAAGUUGCUAGAAAGUGAAAAUUUUUUUUUUAAGGAAAAACACAAGUUUUAAAAUGACCACUUAUUAUUUAAUUAUUUACUAAUUGUUGUUAGUGUACUCAGUGUGGAAAAGACUACAGAUUGCAUACUCUUUUCAUUCACACCUGUACAUAUAGGCAGCAGUGUUAUUGGAAGCAUUUUUUAUAAAGAAACUGAACAGCCUAACUAAUUACAUGUGGCUUAAGCCUGGUAGAAGUUUGGCCAAAUGAAACGGAGGCUGUGAGCAAAGUGAGGAUUCUGUUUAUUUACAAAGAUUAAAACUGAGUGGAACUAGUACUACCAUAUUUAAUCCCUGUGCAAAGCAUCACUGCUGUGCUGUAGGAUAAGUUCAUGACAUUCUGGUGGGUGGAAAGAAAUUUCUAUUUCUAUCAGCAGGACUGAAAUAUGUCACCCAACCAGAGAACAUCAAUGACUUUAACUGUUCUGCAGAGUUUACCCGAGAACUCAGAGUUCUGUUUAGAGGAAGUAAGAAAGAAAAAAAAGGAACCAUUUGAAAAGUUUGUCACAACCAAAAUUUUUCAUUAACUAGUUCUCUGAAAUGUGAUUCUCGUGUUAAACUUCAGCAUUGGAAAACUCAGUCUCUUUCAUUAUCAUCCCACCCCAGUUUGAAGGAGUUGCGUAUCUAAUUUGGUUAAAGCCAGUCUGGAGAAUUAGAAGUAUUACUUUAUUUUAGGGUUCCAGACCUAGGCCCUGACCGAAGGUUUUAGAGAAAGGAAGUACGUCUGUAACUGAAUUGGUCAGGUUUUUUACUGUGCUUUGCACAAAGUAGACCCUCAAAAGAAGUCUUUGUUGACAUGGAAAUAUUGUUCAAGGUGGAGCUCCCACCCUUCCGCCUGCUCUGCCAGGUGCAGCUGGGUUCCCUGGCCAACUCUGUAUCUUACACUACUUCACAGAAACACAGACUUGGAAAUUGUGCCCCUGGCCCAGCAGGAGCAGUGUUAGGUGAACAUGCCACUGCCUCAGCUCAGAGAGGCAGCAGCUUGGUGUACUUCGCCUUAAGUAAAGCAAGUGGACCUGGAUUUAUAAAAGCAGUAGUGGUUAUUCACAGAAGAAUUCACCACGAAUUCUUUCAGGUACCAAGCUCCCCUAGUAUGUUUGUGGUUAUUUCAUUUACACACAACCCUUCAGGAACUUCUGUGUUGUUGAAAGCAAGAUCUAUCUAUCCUGAUGUCUCAGUGACUCGGCCUGUUUAAGCACUUACCAGGGCUUCCACACAGUAAUUUAUUUUGCCCUAGUAGAUCUUGUUGUUUGCUGCCAUUGGCAUGAAGCAGCCAACUGAGGCUGGUACAGUUGUCCUUUCAUUCAAUUGUAACUUGUAAACCAGUGAUUCCCAAUCUUUUUCAAGUUAAGAUACCUUACCGUUGCUUAUUUGAUUUUAUGAGACUUGUUCCGUUUUUUUCUCCCUAAAGAAAAAAAAAAGCUUUAUGACAUAUUUAUUUUUCUAAUAAAACUGAGCAAAAAUAAAAGUUCUGGUAAUUCUUUAAAA